AGGUACAAUAGAUAAGUGUUAUCCUAAAAAUAUUGGGGGUUAUGCCUUUGAAAUUGGCAAUAGUUAUGCCAUGGAGAUUUGCAGUAGAUACACAUUGCCGGAUUACAUAAAAUUUCAGCUCACCAAACCAUUUUUAAAGGACAGUUUAGAAAUCUCAAUGGAAGAUAGAUCCAAACUUAUUAAUUUAUUGAUUGAUACUCAGUUUGAGAAGAUACUUAUCACUCAUGGAACGGAUACAAUGAUUGAAACUGCACAGUAUUUGACUAAUUAUGAAGAGAAACUUAAAAGCAAAUGUAUUGUGAUAACAGGUGCUUUUCGACCCGGUGUAUUCAAAAAUACAGAUGCGGACUUCAACGUAGCAUUUGCAAUUGGUGGACUGAUAAUGUCAAAGAAGCCAGGAAUUUUCAUAGCAAUGCAUGGUCAGUUUUAUCAGCCAAGUGAAGUUGUUCGUGAUGGAGAAACAGGGACUUUUAUUCCAAUCGGAAAUGAAAAGUGA